AUGCUCCUAUCAUACUCCAUAUCGGUCGAUGUCAUCCGCAGCCCGAAGAGAGGAAGGACAAACUGCCCAUACCAUAGCAAAAUUGCAUUGUCGCUCAGCUACUAUGCGAAGAACCUAUUUGCCUCCUCUUACGGCAAAGACGUCCCAACGUUCUUCAUAUGGCACCCAGAGGGAACUUCCAAGAGCGUGAAGAAGCUACUGUUCAAGAUCGACUUCUUCAUCCUGACCUAUGGGUGUCUGGCAUACUUCACCAAAUGGCUGGACCAAGCCAACCUCAGCAACGCCUACGUCAGCGGCAUCAUUGGCCCAAUACCGGCCAAUCUUCUACUUACCUGGAUACCACUGGAACUUAUCUGGGCUAUCCUGACAAUUGGUACCUUCGCGGUCAAGAAGCGAGCGACUUUCUCUUCUGUCAACCAGCUGUAUCCAAUACGGUUCAUCGUUGGAUUUCUCGAAGGCUCAAGCUUCGUGGGUAUCCAAUAUGUACUCGGAUCAUGGUACAAGAAGACCGAAAUCGGCAAGCGAACAGCGAUCUUCGCAUGCGCUGCAUAUGCUGGUACCAUGAUCAGUGGCUAUAUUCAAAGCGCUCUUCUCGCAUCUCUCGACGGCCGCAACGGUGUCGCGGCUUGGAGAUGGGUCUACAUCAUAGAUGGCCUCAUUACGUUCGUUGUAGCCAUCUAUGGGGUGAUAUUUUUUCCUGAUACCCCUUACAAUACCAAGGCUUUCUACUUUAACGAGGAGGAGAAGGCGCGCUGCGUCGAACGGCUGGAAGAUGGGAGGGAGGAAACGACCAAGUUCUCCUGGGACCUCUUUACUCGCACUCUCAAGUCGUGGCAGCUUUACGUUCUUACUCUUCUCUGGAUGUUUUGGAACACCACCGUUGGGAAAGUCGCCAACACGGUGAUGCAGCUCUACCUGAAGAACGACCCCGAACACAGCUGGACCCUCUACGAGGUCAACAACAUCCCGUCUGCCAUCAACGGGUGGAACAACGUCAUGGUGUUACUGUUGAACGUCUACAUCGACACCACCGGUUGCCGCAUGAACGCCGUGGCCCUUAACCUACUGAUCCUCCUCUUCGGCACCAUAUGCCUAGUCAUCUGGGACAUCCCUCUAGGCUUACGUGUUGUCGCAUACAUGUUAGCCGGUCUGAACGGACCACUUUCGCCUAUAUACUACAGCUGGGCCAUUAUCCUGACAGCAGGCGAUGCACAGGUGCGCGCCCUGACGCUGGCUAUCAUGAACUCGCGCGGCGCGGCCCUUAUAACUAUCAUCCAACAAUUUCUCUACCCGGUCACAGAUGCCCCCGUGUACAGUAAAGGGUUCAAAGCGAGUCUGGGCUUCUUGUGUGGCAUGUGUAUCUGGGUUGUCGUUGUGCGAGUGUUUGAGAUGAGGGCAAAGUACAAGAAACGGGUGGUACUCGAGGCAGAUAGUGGAUCGAUUGAUCACACAGAAUUGGAGGCUUCGGGUAUUGCUGUCAUUGAUGAUAAGAAGGUAUGA